AUGGAUUUGUCUCCGCGGAAUUCCAUUGAGAACCCCCUGGUCCGACAAUUCUUUGACCGGCUGCAGCUUUCAUUUCUCGACGAGUUCAGCAAAGACGUCGCACAACCAGCAAUUACUCUAAAGAAAAGACCGUCACAUUUCCAUGUCACUACUCAUGAUAAUUCUCCGGAGGAGAGGAUGCUCUCAACAGAGACUGGGGGGCCCGAAAGACUGACAACAUAUUCAUGGCCGGGAAAGUCUCCUUAUGAGGCUUGGAAGUUUACUUGCAUUCUCCGCGUGCUGUCUCUUAUCAUCGAGGCAGUUCAAGAUAAUCUGCUGAUCACGAAGAGGAGUAUCUAUUAUGACAACCCAGGGUUGUUCGGCACCCAGGCCGUAGUGAAUGCAAUUGUUGACGAUAUAGCCUAUACAAUUGGGGUUGACCGAACAGCUCUCCAUGUCGCAUCGGUCGGCAGAGGACUGGCUGUUGGAGCCGUUCGGAUCAAGACGAAAAGUGACACUAUACUUGACAUGACGGCUGAGGACGCGCUUAUCCCCCGUCUCAAAGAUAUUGGCAGCAUCGAUAUAUCUGAGGUCAAAUGGGUCUGCGUCGUGGAGAAGGAGGCUAUUUUUCGAAGACUAGUACAUAAUAGGUACCACCUUGAAUCGACUGCAGGCAAGGGCAUUCUAAUCACGGGAAAGGGCUAUCCGGACAUCUGCACCCGCGAAUUCGUCCACUUGAUUUCAGAUAUCUCAUGCAAAAGAGACAGCUCCUCUCUUCAAAACCUUCAUAUCGUCCAACCACCAACUCCACCACGUUUCUUCGCCUUGGUGGAUGGUGAUUGUGAUGGCAUGGCUAUCAUGUCCACAUACAAAUACGGCUCCAUGGCUCAUGCUCAUGCAAGUGCCAGUCUCAAUGCCCCGAAACUUCAAUGGCUCGGAACACGACUCAUAGAUGUGAUUGUCAAACACAACGGACUUGAAGUUGAGGACGAGGAUUGGGUGAUGAUCUCGUUAUCCUACAGAGACGUCAAGAAGAUCCGAAGCAUGUUGUUAAAGAACCCAGUGUUUGCCCAAGACGGCCCGGAAAUUGAGUGGAGAGCGGAGUUACAGACGAUGAUGAUGCUGAACACGAAGAUUGAGACCGAAGUUCUGUAUGGGACUGAGGGUGGUCUGGAAGGAUGGAUUGAUCGUAAGAUGGGAAGUCUAUCUCAAUGA